AUGUCGUCUCCUGCGGUUCCUAACCGUCGGCCCCGUGACGAUGAAGAUGACAGUGACGAAUCCGAGUCGACCACUCGCUUCUCCCCAGACCCAAGCAACAAGCGUCCUCGUCUCAGCGGGGUUGAAGAUGGGGAGAGAAGUGAUGAAUAUGAGAGUGAUAGCAGCGGCAGUCAAUACCAGUCCACCCAAAUUGCUACACAGCGAAGGAGAGUUCACCCUGGGGUCGGCCCCGGUGGCUACAAGGCCGGCGCGAUCGUGCGGAUCAAAAUGUUGAACUUUGUGACCUACACGUCUGCUGAGUUCUUCCCUGGCCCGAAGCUGAACAUGGUCAUUGGGCCUAACGGAACUGGAAAAAGUACACUUGUUUGCGCUAUCUGUUUAGGCCUUGGAUGGGGGCCUGUGCAUCUCGGACGCGCCAAAGAUCUCGGUGAAUUUGUCAAGCAUGGCGCCAGUGAGGCGAUGAUCGAAAUCGAACUUGCAGGGCCUCCUUUAUUCAGCCAAAAUCGAGUUAUACGCCGAACCAUCAAACGCGAUGGCAACAAGAGCAGCUUCUUUCUGGAUGGUGAAUCAAGCAACCAGAAAAGCGUCAGAAAACUUGCAGGAGACUUUGCAAUUCAAGUCGACAAUCUCUGCCAGUUUCUUCCUCAGGACAAAGUGGCGGAGUUCGCUGCUCUCACACCUGUCGAACUGCUCCAUUCCACCCAACGCGCGGCAGCCAAAAAGGAGGUGGUGGACUGGCAUGAGGCUCUGAAGUCGCUGCGAGCUGAGCAAAAGAAACUCCAGAUUGACAAUGGAGCGGACCAGGACGUGUUGAAGAAUCUUGAAAACCGCCAAGAAAUGCAAAGAGCAGACGUAGAGCGAAUGCGCCAGAGAGCUGAGGUCAAGCGCAAACUCGAACUUUUAGAGAUUUACCGCCCGUUCGUUGAAUACCGCGAUCAACUUAAGACCCACGAAACUCUCAAGGCCAAGAAGCUCCAGCUUCAAGAGGAGCACGCGCAGCUCAAACAAGACCUCGAACCGGCAAUGCAAUCUGUCACGGCUAAGCAAAGCUACAGUGAGCGAAUUAAGGAAGUAAGAGAUCGUCGCAAACAUCAGGUUGAGCAACUACACAGCGCAGCCGUGGCCAGUGAACGCAAAAUCGACGAGUUACAGUCUGAAAUCAAGGACCUCGAAGGUCAAAUUGAGGCUGAAAGAAAAACCGGCACGAAACACAGGACUGAAGCGACCGCUGCCCAACAAACCAUCAACAGAUUGCAGCGCCAACAGGAAGAGGAGGCGGUAGAAUUUGAUCCGGAAUACUACAACGAAAAAUUGAGAGUGAAACGACUCGAGAAACGCGAACUCGAAACGAAAGGCAAAGAAAUCAAGGAUAGACGGGCCCCACUGCUCGCCAGAUGCCACGAACUUAAAGCACUGAUCAGCGAAGAAGAACGACGACUGGAAAACUUGGACUCCCAAUCUGGCCGACAGGAAGCCAAGCUGCAAAAGUUGUCCGCAGACUCUUACAAAGCCUAUCAGUGGAUGGUCGACAACCAAGACAAGUUUGAGAAUGAAGUUUUUGGCCCACCUCUCAUCACCUGCUCCGUCACUGAUCCUAAGUAUGCCAAUGCUGUUGAGUCACUACUACAGAAAACGGAUUUCACGGCCUUUACUGUUCAGAACAGGAAUGAUUUCCGCACCAUGCAGAGAGUGUUCAUCAGAGAAAUGGGACUUCACGAUAUCACGCUCAAAACAUCCUCCACGCCACUCAGCUCUAUGAAAGCACCAGUAUCGAAUGAAGAACUUCGACGACUUGGCUUUGAUGGAUGGGCCAAGGACUUUAUCACUGGCCCGGAACCGGUCAUUGCCUCACUCUGCUCCGAGAACCGGCUACAUCAAACGCCUGUCAGCCUACAAGACAUCUCCGAAGAAGCGUAUAAUUCACUGGAGAAUGCGGAAGAGUCAGCAAUCAGUUCUUGGGUGUCAGGAAAGCACAGCUAUCAGGUUACUCGACGACGCGAAUACAAGGCAAAAUCGACCCGAGUCCGUCAAGUCAAGACAGCUCAAGCCUGGACGUCGCAGCCCGUAGAUGCCUCUGUCAAGCAUCAACACCGCGAAGCCAUUCAGACGUACAAUCGGGAGUUCAGUGACCUACAGGAGGAGGCAAACGCGGAGAAGGAGAAAACCAGGGAUCUACUCAGUGCGCUUCAGCGCUUGGAGGACGAAAUGGAGGAGACUGACAAAGAGAAACAAGAGAAGCAACAUGCGCAUACGCAAUGGCGGGCUAUUCCCGAGAGGCUCGCUCAGCAGCAGGCUAAGCUCAAGGGCAUUCAGGAGCUCUUUUUGGAAGUCAGGGAACGGGUUUGCCAGAUUCGGGAAGAUCAAAUUGAGGUUUCGGUCAAGAAGGCAGAAGCUACCAUUGAAUAUGCCGAUGCCGUUGAGCAGCUUCGCCAGGCCUACGAAGAUCUUCUGAAGGUGGAAGUUCAACAUUUGGAAGCCUCCUCGGACCUACAAACUCUGAGGAACAAGCACCAUGCAUUCGCCGUGAUGCUCGAGAAAAAGACCGCAGAGGUGGCGGAAGCAAUAGAGGCCGUCAAAGCAAACAGAACAAAGGGACGAGCCCUUGGCACUCAGGCCAAGAAAGUGAUCGAGGAGAACCAGGGAGACCCCGAUGCUGAAGAGGUGCACAACUUGCUCAGCGCGCCAGAGUACAAUAUGGACAAACUCCGUGCCGACAUCGACUCCGAGAAGGCACGCCUGGAAUUGACUCAAGGGGGCAGUCCUCACCUGAUCAAAGAGUUCGAGGAGCGAGAGAAACAAAUCAAGAAGCUUCAGGACAAGCUGGCCGAUUUCCAAACGAAGCUGGCGGACUAUCAGACAAGUAUCGAUGAGGUUCGAUCUCACUGGGAGCCCAAACUGGACGCUCUCAUUGCCAAGAUCAGUGAUGCCUUCUCAGACUCCUUCAAACGCAUAGGGUGUGCUGGACAGGUUAGCCUGGACAAGGUAGAAGACGAGCCCGGGCCCAAUGGUGAGCCUGGCGGCAGCGACUUCGAGAAGUGGUCGAUUCAGAUUCAUGUCAAGUUCCGAGAAAAUGAGAAUCUGUCGCUAUUGGAUUCACAUCGCCAGUCCGGUGGUGAGCGUGCGGUCAGCACCAUCUUCUACCUGAUGGCACUGCAGUCGCUUUCAGCAUCGCCCUUUCGCGUCGUUGACGAGAUCAACCAGGGUAUGGACCCCCGGAACGAGCGAAUGGUCCACGGUCGCCUGGUAGAUAUUGCCUGCGCGUCAAGCGAAGAGGAGGAUACAGAUGACAAUGGAAACCCCAUCGGCGGCGGCGGUGGUGGUCAGUACUUCCUGAUCACGCCGAAGCUGCUGAGUGGACUAGUCUACAAGCCGGGUAUGAAAGUGCUCUGUAUCUACAGUGGCGAACACAUGCCGGAGGACUACACGAAGCUGGACUUCAGACUGGCGAUCCGCAUGAUGAAGGAUAUCAGAGCAAAGAACGAAGAUGAUGGCAAAGGCAAGGGCAAGGGCAAAGGCAAAGGGCGAGCGACGGGGAGCAGCAACUCUGUGGGAGUCUACGCUUAA